AACAAAGCUUUUUCUUUUGUUUGACAUUUUCGCCAAUUCGAUUUCUGAUUGAAUUGAAUUCCGUUAUAAUGUCAAUCACAAAAGGAACAAGUCAACGGACUUUUAGUUUCCAGAAUUUAUUCUGGCGGCAGCGUAUUUUUAUAACGCGAUCGAAUCGUGAAUGCAGAAAGUCGGUCCUAAACGCGAAAAAUGGACGGAAAAAAGCGAAAAUGUCGUGUAAUCGGUUGCGUAAACCAACAUCCAAACCUACGUUUUUUCAGGUUCCCGCUGGACAAAGCCGAAGCAGCCAAAUGGAGGGACAACCUAAGGAUUGGAGCAGAGGAGAAGCUUCCACCCACCUACUCCCUGGUAUGCAGCCAACAUUUCGAGCCGGAAGCUGUGGGAGGGAAAUACCUGAAGAAGGGUGCCCUCCCCACCCUCAACUUAGGCUAUGAUGAAGACCCCCCUCACAGCUGCAUGAUGCCUAAGCGGAUGCGCUCUUGUUGCGUGAGCUGCUGCGUAUCUACAUCGAAGCAGAUCCUGUUCGAGUUUCCUCGACAGGAGGAGGCUCGAAAUAGUUGGGCUCUGGCUUGCAAUGUAGAUGCGUCCCUCCCUGACAGGCUAUUUGUUUGUCAACGCCACUUUGAGCCACAGAAUGUUACUAAAACUAAACUUUUAAAUAGAGCCGUUCCCUGUUUGAAUUUGGAGCCCGACACUAGAAGUCGCUCACCUAGUGUCGGCUCUGAUUGGCAUUGCCCACCUGUCACUAAAACUUAUGAUAGAAUUCCUGUAGAUGAUGAAGGAGUCUUAGCUCUAGAAGAGUUCGAGAAAUAUUCCCUGUUAGAGGAAAAAAGGCAGGCUAGUUUAGGAAAUGCCGCCAGUGUGGGCUCUGAUAUCACUGCCAGUCGCGAACGAUUUGCUCAGGCUGCUCGUUAUUACCAGAGCAACGCUUUAAAAUUAAACGAAAGAAUUAAAGAACUUGAGCGCGAAAAUGCGGAUUUGAUAAAUCGAAAAUCACAAGAGAAAUAG